CGUAACUACGAUCGGACUACCUGAAUAACCAAGUAUAUACUAUAUUUAAGAUACCAUAUUAUAUUUAGAACUUUUAAACGUUAUCGAUAAUGUUUCCUAUGAUAAAGUUAAGUAGGCGAUUCUCCAUUAAAGUACUUGCAGUAGGAGAUCGCAUAAUGAUAUUAAAACACAUAAACAAGACUGAUAUUGAUGAUUUUGCUCGUUUAAGUGGUGACACGAAUUAUAUACAUUUUGGAGAUCGCCCAUUGGUACACGGUGUUUAUUUAGCUGGCUUGGUGUCUGGGGUGAUUGGUACUAAAUUGCCUGGUAUGGGUAGUGUUCUCGUGUCCAAAAACAUAAGGUUUCCAAAUGCUUGUUAUGCUGGAGAUCAAGUUAAAAUUGAAGUUGAGAUACAAAGUAUCAGAAAACUUAUUAAAUGCGGAUUUUGGUGUAUUGUUGGAGAUAAAGUAGUGAUGGAAGGAACAGCAAAUGUCAUAAAUAAAAAUAUUAUUACAAUUUAAGAUUUGUAUUGAAAUAGGAAAUUAAUUUAAAAGAAAAAUAUUAUAUAAUACUUUAUUGGUACCCUCUACAAAUUAUUUGAGUUAGUUUAAUUAUUAUUAUUUGUAU